AUGCACGAGAAAAGCCCUUUUACAAUGUGGGAUUUUCUGCAGCAACGAAAACGAUGGUUGCAAGGAAUUCUUCUCACCGUUCAUUCACCUCGAAUCUCACUGGUACAUAAGGCAUUGCUUGCUUUGUCGUUAUACGCGUGGGCGACAAUGCCACUGACAUCACUACAGGUGUUCCUCUGUCCUUUGUUUCCGCUUCCUCGUUGUCUUCCGUUCGAUUUCGCAUUAUCAUUUGUUGGUGCUAUCAAUUUAUACAUGUAUAUAUUCGGAGUGGUGAAGUCAUUUUCGCAUAAGUACAGGAACAGUGCCUGGCGACUGGCGCUCUACUUAACAGGGGCUUUAAUGACGAUUCCGUUUAACGUGAUCAUAGAGAACGCAGCGGUCAUAGUUGGGAUGUGUGGUCGAAAGGAUCAAUUCUAUAUAGUUAACAAAGAUGUUCAAACCGUAUAA